AUGGAAUUAACUCCUGAUGAUCGUGAGAAAAUAUUUAAAUUUAUGAACACACAAGUGUACGAUUAUGAAGAUGAUGAUUUUGUUGUAGCAGCAGAUGUGAAUGGACAAGCUAGUGUCAAUUUGCCGCAUGUAGAAAAUGAUUAUGAGCGACUUGGAGAUAGAUCUGCCUUAUGUCGAUUCAUCACUGAAGAAAUGCAAUUACGUCGUCAUCAACACAAUCCUGGAUUUUAUCGUCAACUCAAUAAUUCUUCUCUGUCAUAUCGUCAACUCGUUCACCCGCGUGUACUCGUCCAACCUGUACAAUUUGCUUUGCCACACGUACCACGCUUACUAUCCAUACUUCCAUUAAUUCAACGAUUCGUUUCGGCGCAAUCGCUAAUCAAGGCUGGUUAA